UAAAGUAAGCAAAAACAGCGGCAUACAUUUCUUCAGAAACCCAAGGCCACCUGCUAAAGAACAUUGCAAUUAUGUGUACAAAAAAUAAGCAAUUUUUGCCAUGCAAUUUGAAAAAUGGCUUAAACUUUCUUCCCCAUCUUCUCAAACGUGUCUUCUCCUUCUCCACCUUUCUCCAUCUAUAAAAUCCUAAACUUCCCCCACUCUCUCCUUCACAUCAAAACAGUUCAACCUAAAUAAUCACAGCCAUGGGAAACCCUCUCUUCCUCUCUCUUUCCCUCUGUCUCUUGGUCCUCUUCAAUGGCUGCCUAGCAACUGAUGAAAACCUCCGCGAGGUCUCCCGCCGCUUCGGUGAGGGCCAGACCCGGUAUCGCGAGUGUCGUCUUGAUAGGCUUGAUGCCCUCGAACCCUCCCGCCGUAUUGAGGCCGAAGGUGGCGUCAUCGAGAUGUGGGAUCCUAGCCACGAGAUGUUCCGGUGCGCCGGCGUAGCUAUCCAGAGAUAUGUUAUUGAUCCUAAUGGCCUUCUUCUCCCUCAGUACACCAAUGCCCCACGACUUAUCUAUAUUGAGAGAGGGAGAGGGUUUAAGGGAGUUGUACUUCCCGGCUGCCCGGAAACGUACCAAGAGUCCCAGCAAUCAGCCGGGGAGUUCCGAGACCGACAUCAAAAGAUCCACCAUGUACGUGCCGGUGACCUCUUCGCUGUGCCGGCUGGUUCUGCACAUUGGACCUACAAUGAUGGCAAUGAGAAAUUGAUUGCAGUAGUUCUUCUUGAUGUUAGUAACCAUGCCAACCAACUUGACUUCCAUCCUAGGGCUUUCUACUUGGCUGGAAACCCAGAGGAGGAGUUCCCAGAGUGGAGAUCGCAACGGAAGGGAGAGCAAGGACGACACAGCGGUCGCAGGGAAGGAUCAAGUAACAAAAACAAUAUCUUCUUUGCCUUUGACGAUAGAGUUCUUGCAGAAAUUCUGAACAUACACAUAGAGUUGGCGAGGAAGCUUCGUGGAGAAGAUGACUUCAGACGCAACAUCAUAAAGGUUGAGGGACAACUUGAGGUGAUCAGACCACCAAGAUCACGAGGAGGACGCAGAGGAGAGGAACAAGAGUGGGAAGAGGAACAAGAAGAAGAGAUGCAAAGACAACGUGAGCGCCACCAACGUCGUCGAUGGGAUGACAAUGGUUUGGAUGAAACUAUUUGCUCAAUGAGAAUGAAGGAGAACAUUGGUGAUGCUUCACGUGCUGAUAUGUACACACCGGAAGCCGGACGUCUUAGCACCACCAACAGCCACCGCUUCCCCAUCCUCCGCUGGCUUCAACUAAGUGCCGAAAGGGGUGUUCUUUACAGAAAUGCAAUGUAUGCUCCACACUGGAACCUAAACGCGCACAGCGUAAUAUUCGUAACAAGAGGGAGAGCGAGAGUACAAGUAGUAGACUGCAGGGGCCAAACCGUAUACGACGGUGAGUUGCAACAAUACCAAGUUCUAGUGGUUCCACAAAACUUUGCCAUAGUGAAGAAGGCAAGCGAGGAAGGGUUCGAAUGGGUUUCAUUCAAGACCAACGAUAACGCCAUGAUAAACACACUGGCCGGACGCACCUCGGUCAUGAGAGCAUUCCCCGUUCAAGUCCUUGCGAGUGCGUACAGAAUGUCGACAGAAGAGGCUCGAAGACUCAAAUUGAACAGAGAAGAGACCACUUUGUUGCCCCCUAGAAUGUCGUCGUCGCGUAGGCCGGCUAACCCGGUAGAAGAAAUGUAAAGGCUUUGGCUUUGGUAGGGAGGGCCAGUUUUGGCUUUUGGUUUUAUGGUUGUAAUAAUUUAGGGGUUAAAGCUUCGGAAUAAUCAUAAUAAUAAUAAUAAAGACGAGGCCUUUCUUAUACAAGAACUUGUGUUUAUGGCCUUCAUGUAAAAGACAGCUUUCUCUGUCCUUUUUUCCAAUCACAAAGUUUAUCUUUGAAUAAUAACAAAACCUUCCAAUAA